AUGGCAGCAUUGGUGAAAAGGAAGAGCGAGAUUGCUACUGCAAUCGAGCAGCAUGCUCUAGAUCGCCUCCGUGCUGCUACUGAAAGCUUAAGCUUCGUGGCUUUCGAUGAAUCAGAAGAGAACAGGCGAAUUCACGAAAAGAUCGAAGCAAUGACCGAUGUCUCUCACCCAAAACAUGAACUGUGGUCAAAUCGACCAAAAGCUGUAGCUGUGGCUAAAUUUGAACAUCGGGUGGAGAAGAAAUUUGCUCGCAUCAGCACCGAGGUGCCGGAAUCCUACGCUCCCGGCCGCACUCACGAGGAUGACAAGGACCCGGAUCCUUUCCGACCCGGAAAUUCACACGUGAUGGGCUCCACGCACACCAAAUGUUCCGGUAAAAUCCUUGCUUCUCGCCCUUCGAGGGCUCGCGCCGACGCUUCCGGCAGCGACGACGAUAAUUUCAUAAUGCUUGAGGAUCGUCAGGUGCUGGAGCACGUGACCCCUCUUGCUGCUGAGGUUGGGGUUCCCCCGGCCCCUCGGGUUCGGAAGGCUCCCGCCCCCGAAGCCGGUACCAGCGACGCUCUGGCUUCCAAGCGCCGGAAGAUUCUGAGCAGUGGGUCCCCGAAGAAGAGGAAGAAGAACGCCAUUCCGACUUCCUCCGGACCUGCUCUAGAACUUACUAGCAGCGCGCCCGGUAUGAGGCCGGAGGCUCCCAAAGAUACCGCCUCGAGCCAAGAUGCUCCUCGGAAAAGUCCGGCACACUCUGGUGCCGGCAAAGCUCCUUCCUCCCCUCGGGGAGGUACAACAAGUUCGGGGAGCGCGGCCCCUAAGAAGAAACAUCACCGCGCGGAGGAGGAUCCUUCUUCCCCUCCUGAAGUUGAAGAUACCGGCGCCAGCAACACGGGCGUCGGUUCUGAACAAACCGGGCGGCCGGAACAUUUGGUUCCGCCCGUCCUUGAGAAAACAAGUAAGGUACCAACUGCUUCCCCCUCCAAGACUUCUUCUGCAGCAACGCCACCACCUUCCCCGGCCAAGGGCGCAGCUGCGCCGCCGCCGGCAUCUGCCAGCAAACCUCCUCCUGCUCCGUCCGGCAAGAAACUCUCCCGGAAGAGCGCAAAUAUCACCGCGGAGCAGCUCUCUGGCGCUGUUGAAGCUGCCGCGGCUUAG